AUGGUAGCCAUUUGUGGUAUUCAGGAGGGGACUCAAUGUACCAAAUGUAAAAAUAACUGGGCACUGAAGUUUUCCAUCAUCUUAUUAUAUGUUUUAUGUGCCCUGUUAACAAUCACAGUAGCCAUUCUGGGAUACAAAGUUGUAGAAAAAAUGGACAAUGUGACAGGUGGCCUGGAAACGUCCCACAGAAGAUAUACAGAAAAGCUCACAGAGGUGGAGAGUGAUCUAAAGAAAUUAGAUGACCAAGCUGGACAAAAAGCCAUGAAUACUAACACUGAACUGUCUAGCUUCAGAUCUGACAUACUGGCUCUUCGUCAGCAGCUUCAUGACAUUGCAGAGAAAACUACCAGAAACAAAGAUACACUGGAGAAGCUGCAAGAGUCUGGAAAUGUAUUAGAUGAUAGACAGAACCAAAUGAGAAGUGCCUUAGAUAGUAACUCUUUUAUGAUCAUCAGUGUCAAUAAGACUCUUCAGGCAUAUACUGGCUAUAUCAACAAUCUUCAACAGGACACAAGUAAUAUUCAAACAAACUUGCAAAACCAAGUGCAUUCUCAUAAUGUGGUCAUCAUGAACCUGAACAACUUAAACCUGACACAAAUACAGCAAAGAAAUCUUAUCAGUGUCCUGCAGAAGUCAAUGGAAGAUACAAGCUUAGCUAUUCUAAGAAUCAAGAAUGACUUUCAAAAUCUGCAGCAAGUUGUCCUUCAAGCCCGGAAGGACACUGACUGGCUUAAGGAGAAAGUACAAAAUUUGCAGACUUUGGCCGCCAACAACUCAGCAUUGGCAAAAGCUAACAAUGAUACACUUGAAGACAUGAACAAUCAGCUCAGCUCCUUCAGUGGGCAAAUGGAGAAUAUCACCACAAUUGCCCAAGCCAAUGAGCAAAAUCUAAAGGAUCUCCAAGAACAGCAUAAAGAAUAUGAAAACAGAACUUCUGCCAAAUUCAACCAGCUAGAAGAGAGGUUCCAAGUCUUCGAAACCGAUAUAGUCAAUAUCAUUAGCAACAUCAGCUACACUGCUCAUCAUCUACGGACACUGACUAGCAAUCUUAAUGAGGUCAGGACAACUUGUACAGACACCUUAAGUAAACAUUCAGAUGAGCUUAUUUUUAUGAACAGCACACUAGCCAAUAUUCGCUUAGACUCUGCAUCUCUCAAGAUGCAACAGGAUUUGAUGAGGUCAAGGUUAGAUGUUGAAGUUGCCAAUUUGUCAGUAAUCAUGGAAGAAAUGAAACUGGUGGAUUCCAAACAUGGCCAGCUCAUCAAGAACUUCACUAUCCUACAAGGUCCUCCUGGUCCAAGGGGACCUAAAGGUGACAGAGGCCCUCAAGGUCCUCUUGGCCCCGCUGGCCUAAAAGGACAAAAAGGAGAGAAAGGAGAGCCCGGACCACCAGGACCUGCAGGUGAAAAGGGCCCACCUGGACCAGCUGGGCCACCAGGAGAAAAAGGAGGGAAAGGUUCAAGAGGAUCACCUGGCUCCAAAGGUCAGAGAGGUUCUCCUGGCAAGACUGGUCUGCCUGGACCAAGCGGAGACCCAGGGCCACCAGGUCCACAAGGCAAGGAUGGUCCACCUGGGCCACAAGGCCCACCAGGAUUUCAAGGCCUGCAAGGAACUGUUGGAGAACCAGGGGUACCAGGACCUCGAGGACUACCUGGGCUACCUGGAGUCCCUGGGAUGCCUGGUCCAAAGGGCCCACCUGGACCACCAGGGCCACCAGGUCCGGGGAUGCCAAUGGCACUACAAAGUGAACCAACGUCAGUGCCUGAGGCUAAUGGUUGUUCUCCUCACUGGAAAAACUAUACAGAAAAGUGCUACUACUUUUCAAUUGAAAGAGAAAUUUUCGAAGAGGCAAAGUUAUUCUGUGAAGACAAGGCAUCACGUUUGGUUAUCAUAAACAACAAAGAGGAGCAGCAAUGGAUAAAAAGGCAGAUUUUUGGGAAAGGCAGCUUCUGGAUUGGACUAACGGAUUCAGAGAAGGAAAAUGAAUGGAGAUGGCUGGAUGGAUCCUUACCAGUUUACACAAACUGGAAAACCGGGCAACCUGAUAACUGGAGCCAUGGGCACGGGCCAGGGGAAGAUUGCGCCGGGUUAAUCUAUGCUGGGCUCUGGAAUGACUUUUACUGUGAAGAUGUUAACAAUUUCAUUUGUGAAAAAGACAUGGACAAAGCGCAAAUAUUUGGAGUGUAAUAGGCUGUGACUUUACAGGUACCUACAUAUUACGGAAAUUUACCUAAAGAAAAUCCUGGGAGAGAGCAACAUUGCCUGCCAAAUUUGGAAAAAAACCCACAACAAAAGCAAGCACUGAAAACUGGUUUAAAUGCAUAAAGGAAUUCAGCAGCAACUGUUCUCCAGCAUCCUGCAAUUAUUUGAGGCCUUUCAACCCACAACAUCAGGAAAUACCGUUGGACUAAUUCUGUUAUAGAUUUUCUUCCCAACCAGUAACCAUAUACAUAAGCAACUGUUGUCUUCUGAGAAAAGACAUUCUGUCAAUCUGAGUAAAACUGUUGGUCACUCAUAUAGAAAAACAUAUAAAGCAACUGUGUAAACAGUAUGUUUCAUUUGCUAAAAUCCCAAAUGUAGGAAAAUUAUACAGAUACACGAAUAUAUAGAUUUUAUAUAAAUAUAUAUAUAUAGUCCAACUCUUAUCAAUAAUAUGGAAUAUACUUUUAAGAGCUUUUAAAACUUUGUAUUUUUGUACAAAAUAUUUGCUUUUUACAAUUGUUCUCUUUUUUACUGACUUUUUUUUUUUUUACAAAUAUAGUGCACAGGGGCCAAAGAAAACAAUAAAGGUACUAAUAAUUCAUUAAGGUUUGCUGUCAGGCCUAGCUCAGCUAUAGAGAAAUAUUUUUCCAGUUAGAAAUAUUUGUACUUUCCCAGAUGAUUUGUUCUGGUUAAAUAACUUUUAAAGCAGAUUUUAGAUAGUGUUUUCCUUAUUAUAUGCAGUCUAGUCUGUGUGUGUAACAAUUAAGUUGACUAAGGACUAGAUACUCAUAGCUCUGAUCACAGCCAGUGUUGCACCAGGGUACUGUGCAAAGACCAUGUUAAUAAAAGCUUUUCCUUCCCUCCUUCUUUCCUUCCUUCUUUCCUUCCUCCCUUCCUGCCUGCCUGCCUAGCUUCCUUCUUUCCUGCCUGCCAUCCUGCCUUCCUGCGUGCCUUCUACUCACGAGAAAUGCCACAGGAAUAAAUCUCUGAAUUUUUAGAAUGAUUCUUUCAUGCCUUCUUCCUUCUCAUGAGGAAUUCUACCCCAGUAGGUGCUACCCACAUUGCAAGUCAAGCCCAGGUGAAGGAUUUUACGAAAACAGGAACAAAUGAGCUGCACACACAGAAAUAUGUUUCUCUUUAAGACAGAUUUCAAUAUUUGGUAAGAAAAACAUGUCAUACUCAGAAAAGUCGGAUCAAUUUGCACUUCCCCAAAGUGCUUUGUAAAUCGAUCUCUCUGUUUUCUUGAACCAGUACUUCUCUCCCAGACAAACUAGAAAAUAAAAUAUGCUGCAAAACAGAAAGCAGUGUGGCUAAUGAGAUGACAUCAUCACCCAGCCAGUUUCCUCCACGGUCCCAUGAGCCGUUGUCUAGGCAGCGGUACUGCUUAUCAGGAAUUAAAAAAUUAGCAACCAGUUGAAGUUCAUUAGCAGAAACCCUGGUUUUGGUUCCCAGUUUUUAUACUCUUUCCAUGGCCACAUGCUGUACCACGAAGGAAGUUGUUUUGGCUUCUUGGGCAGAAGAGUUGUAUUUUCCAUUGCUUCCUGACCUGCCGUUUACCUUGGCUGAAUGCAGAUACGUUUGUUGAAAUACUCCAGCCCUGUUGGAAAGAGACAAGAUCUUGUACUUCAGAUUUUCAAAUAUUGCUCCUAAGACCAACCAGUUAAAAGUCUGUUGCUUUCCUACAUCCCACAGUCUCUCCACUGUUCAUUUCAGGGGAGGUGGCUUUUAAUUCUAACUAUAAUUUUCUUAAAGAAAAUACACAAAAUGUUACUUUUGGGAAUCUGGCAGGAACAACAUGAGAAUUGCAUACAUUUAAUUAAAAGUCUGUGUAUUACAGCUGCAGAAACCAUGUGUCACCAUCUUGGAGGCAGGGCUUUUCAGGCAGCCUGGAUUUCAGAGACUUUUCUUUGGGCUUUUUCAUCAGGAUUUGAAUACAACACGAUUCUGCCAUACACCCUGUCAUGUUGUACCUAGGAUUUGUGUGUAGAUACAUGCUGUAGUGUUUACAUAUAUAUUUACACAGUGUUUGUGGGGAUAAUGUUCAAGUGCUACUUUUGGAUAACGAGGUACAAAACUAUCACUUUGCACGCCCAGAGAGCCUCACAAACCCUGGAGCUUUGCAAGAGCCACACUGAUUCAGAAGCACUGCUACCUUUGUUUUGAAUGUUGGCUUAUUUGGCUGAUACAAGCCCAUUCUGAGCAUCUGCCAUGUUAAAUUAAGUUCUUUUCGCUGAUGUGAUAGACUUCUGUCAACAAAAGAAGUUAAUGAGAAACCUCUGUGUAGUCCUCGUCUCUAAUGUUUCUUUGCCCCAGUUUCAUCCUUCUCUUCCUUCAGCAAUAGCAGUGAUGGUACAGAUCAAGAUGAGAUGGUCCAAGAGUCAUCUAGUGUUUUCUAGUCUCUCUAAAGAGGUUUUCUGCACAAUGGUAAUCAUCAGCUAUAGCUGCACUUUUGCCUGCAAAAGGUUAGAGGCUGUUUGUCAGUGAUGGCAGCUAUGCUAAACUAUGGGCAGUUGGGUGACCUUAGCAUAGAAAUAACCAUUGAACUAGGACAGUUUAAGGAUGGAACAUGUUUAUGAAUUGGAGCACCUCUCCUGUGAAAACAGGCUGAGAGAGCUAGCUUGUUCAGCCUGGAGAAGAGAAGGCUCUGGGGAUACCUUAUAGCAGCCUUUCAGUACUUAAAGUGGCCUACAGGAGAGAUGGGGAGGGGCUCUUUAUCAGGGAGCGUAGUGAUAUAACAAGGGGUAAUGGUUUUAAACUGGAAGAGGGGAGAUCCAGAUUAGAUAUUUGGACAAAAUUUUUCACUAUGAGGGUGGUAAGGAAUAGGUUUUCCAGAGAAGUUUGGGAUGCCCCAUCCCUGGAAGUGAUCAAGUCCAGGCUGGAUGGGGCUUUGAGCAACCUGGUCUGGUGGGAGGUGUCCCUGCCCAUGGCAGGGGGGUUGGAACUGGAUAAUCUCUAAGGUCCCUUCCAACUCUAACCAUUCUAUGAGUCCAUUACUCUAUGAAAUACUCAUUUCAGAGUGAAUUCCAAUGCUUGUUUGUAAUUGUCUAUAAUAAUGCUCUAGUUAUCCACCAAAACAUGCCUGGGCUCAAGCUCUCUGUUCACACAUUAGAGGCAAAGGAAAACUGGCUGGGGAGGGAUGCUGCAGUUGCAUGCCUGGAGUGUUCAGUCGUCCUUAAAAUCCGGCCUGAGCAGCCAGGCGGGCUGAGACAGGCCAUCCUUCUGAGCCAGUGCUCCUGCAGGAGGGAAACAGAGGUGUCAAAUGGCAACAAAGAUUGAAAUCACUGGGAGAAUCAGGAGAGUGUUAGAACAGCUCAGGAACCUGUCAAGAGAAGGCAGAUUGGCAGGGAUGCAAGCAGGACACCAGAAAGGGCCAAGAAAUUGUCAUGAAACUCAGAGCAGCCACUCGGGGUCUGGAAAGCAUCCCCAUUAAAUCUGCUUUCUGUAUGGUUUGAGUGAUAACACAGGUUGCAUGGGAAGUUUUAAGUGAUAGGAAAUGAUUUUGUCCCAGCUCAAGUUUUGGCUUUCCUUCUUAUGCACAAAUACUGUAACUUGGCAUACUGAGCGCACAGAUUUCCAUCGUCCUUUUUCUUGUUUUACAUCAAAAUAAAUGUAAGUUCAUAUACCCUGGCAAGCACUGGGACUGUUGCAGGAAGGAAGGGGAAGGCAGAGGGGGUGCAAAGUCAUUGUGAUUUACAUCCAGUGCUGGAUUUCUUAAUGUCAUUUCUGACUUCUUUCAUUAAUUUAUUUGGAAACACCUUCAGCUGAUUAGAGCGUAUAAAUCUCAAACUCUCAUCCCAUUUGAUGUCUAUAAAUAAUACCUGCAAAUGUUCCAAUAAAGGAAGCACUAAGUGGAGACAUGGAAGUGACUGUUGUUUACUCUGUGCAUGCAUGUGUAACCAAGAGAGAUGUGGAGAUCGGAGAGAUAUGGAGCCAGAGGCAUUUGGUGGUAUUAAAAUCAAACCGAUUAAAAUUAUUUACAUUAAAGCUUUUCUUCUCACUUA